CUCUUUCUCUCUCUCUCUCUCUCUCUCGUGCUCUCAAAAACCCUUUUCCUUUUCCUCUCCCACCUCCUCCUCCGCCUGUUCGAAACCCCUCCUCCUCCUCCUCCUCCUCCUCCUCCUCAUAUACGAAGGGGAUCUCCACGGAGUUCGACCCCGCUCCACCCUCCUCUAGUAGGGCUCGGCCGCGGCGGACGAAACCCUAGCUCUCCCCUCCCUAUGGAUCGCCACCGCGGAGACCGCGCCGGCGACGGGCCGAGGCACUCCAAGGCGCCGUCCCGGUGGUCCUCAUCCGGGAGCCCCACUAACCAGAGCCACCGGUACCCCCGCGGCGGCGGUGGCGGCGGAGGCAACGGAGGUGGAGUAGGCGAGGGUUUCUCCUCCUCCGGCCCCGGCGGCGGAGGCGGUGGAGGGCGGUACCAUCCGUAUCGGGGUCCGCAGGAGUACCCUCCCCCCGGCGGCGGCGGUGGAAGGUUCCGCGGCGGCGGCGGCGGCGGCGGCGGGCCCGGGGCAAGUCCGGGCGGCUUCGGUGCCCCCCCCAUGCAGAUGCCUGGUGCCAGGCAUGGGUUUUCCGGUAGAGGGGGUUCUCCAGAUCAUAAUGAUGGGAGCCACUUCGUUAAACUUUUUAUUGGUUCAGUUCCAAGAACUGCAACUGAAGAAGAGAUUCGGCCCUUGUUUGAGGAACAUGGUGAUGUUAUUGAAGUGGCUUUAAUCAAAGAUAAGAAGACCGGACAGCAACAAGGAUGUUGUUUCGUCAAAUAUGCAACCUUAGAGGAGGCCGACAGAGCCAUCAGAGCUUUGCAUAAUCAAGUUACUUUGCCUGGGGGAAUCGGCCCUAUUCAAGUUAGGUAUGCUGACGGCGAACGGGAACGCCAUGGUUCAGUUGAACACAAACUCUUUGUCGCGUCGCUCAAUAAGCACGCAUCUGCAAAAGAGAUUGAGGAGAUUUUUGCACCAUAUGGUCAUGUUGAAGAUGUCUAUAUUAUGAGAGAUGCUAUGAGACAAAGCCGAGGAUGUGGAUUUGUGAAGUUCUCAACAAGAGAGAUGGCAGCAGCAGCUAUGAACGCACUUAAUGGAACUUACAUUAUGAGGGGAUGCGAUCAGCCUUUAAUUGUACGGUUUGCUGAUCCUAAGAGGCCUAGACCUGGAGAGCAAAGGGGCGGUCCUACAUUUGGGGGUCCUGGGUUCAGUCCUCGAUCAGAAGCCGCAUUAGUUAUUAGGCCAACAGCCAACCUUGACGAGCCUAGGGGUGGUGGACGCAUGCCACCUGACUCUUGGCGUCCGUUGAGCCCGCAGUCACUUGGACCUUCUUCUCAACUUAAUAAUAGUGGAUCCAACAGUCAUGCGACUGCAAAAGGUGGUCCUGCCACGACAUCAUCAGAUAAUUCUGCUGGUGUCUUUGGACCCUCUGGUUUUCCUGCCAAUGGAUCCCUACCAAGUCACUCUGCUGCACCAUCUUUCCCGCAAUUGGGCUUUAAUCCUACUAUGGGACAAGUCCGUCCUAUGAUUGGCCAGCAAAUAUCGCCAUUGCAGAAGCCAUUUAUGUCCCCCCAGAACUUUCCACACCCUCUUCAGUUCCACAAUGCUCAGCAAAUGCCAGCGAUGCUCUCACAGGCACAAAAUCUCCAGGAACCAAUGCAACAACUCCAGCUUCAAAACCCUCAAUCUAUUGGCGUAUCCUCUUUCGGUCAAACCCUAACCCCACAACAGUUACCCCUCGGGGGACAAUUUCCUGCUUCACAGCCUUUGAUCCAACAGAACCCCUCGGCUGGUGCUAUGCAAAAUCCCUUAGCCGUACAACAACAGCAAGCCAUGCCUGGUGUGCCUAGUCAGCAACAGUUUCCUCCUAACAUCACACCGCAGCUGCUUCAGCAGCAGCCUAUGCAGCAAUUGCCUUCGCAGCUACCGCAGGUGCUUCUGCAGCAGCAGGCUCAAGCUCUGCAAUCGAGUUAUCAAUCUUCACAGCAAGCAAUUUUGCAGCUGCAACAGCAACUGCAACUAAUGCAGCAGCAGCAGAGUCUAAAUCAGCAACAAGUUGCUCAGGCUGCUGCCAAACAACAGUGCUGCAGCAGCAACAGAAGCUUGCUGUUCAGCAGCUCCAAUCGCCGCCUCAUGCGCAAGCACAUGCACAGGUUCAGCCUAAUCAGCAAAUUCCUCAGACACAACAGGCACAGCCUAUGCAGAUGAGGCAGCAGCCCCAAUUGCAGCUUGUUCAGCCUUCGAUCAUGCAUCAAGCUGCUGUAGCUGGCCAGCAAAACAUUCAGGACCCAAACUAUGCUCAGUUGCAAGCAGCUAAUUCUUCUAUUGAUCCUACCCGAGUCCAGCAGGGGCUCCAGUCUGCACAGGAGUGGGCUUGGAAAAAUAAACCUGCAGGUUCAUGAUCCGAAGAUAUCGUCUACUAAGGUACGUGAGAGCUCAGGAAAGGUAAAAAUAGAUCUCUAAUGCAACGGUUUUCCGUCCGAAAGAGCUGAGUAAUAGAAUUCGACCUUGCACCGCAGCUGUUCGCCAUUCUUUCUGUCAUUGUUGUAUCUUUGAAUAUCUUACAAAGUAGGAUUAAACAAACAGUGUAAUAAGUCUUGUUUCUGUUCUCAAGAGUAGUAGUUUCAGAGUGCUUCGAUUGUUCGAAUCGUGCUCAGUUUUCCGUCUUGUCAUCGUAUUUUUUAUUGAGAUUAGAACUAAUACUAGGCGUAGUUUCGGAAUGGAUUUUCCGGUGUGCAACUGCUUUUUUUUUGCAGCAA